CCUUUCUAAAAAGCAAGCUAUAUUAGAGAGAGAAUAAAUAAAAGCUUUAUUUUCUCUUUGGUCUCUAAAAGAGCUCUAUAUAUUUGGUGUUGUUCUUUCUUCUUCAAUUCCACCUUGAAUAAUCAUUUCUUCCUCUUCUUUCUCUUCUUUCUUCAAACAGAAAAAGAUUCAUCAAAAAUGGCAAGUUGCAUUGAUGUUGCUUCUGAACAACUUUGCUAUAUCCCUUGCAACUUUUGCAAUAUUGUUCUUGCGGUAUCUAUCGAUCUAUCUAUCUUUGUUCCGACCUAUAAUUUUCAUGUAUUUUAUAUGAACGAACAUAUACGAAUUCAGGAUCUAGAGUCGGUGGAUUUUAAAUAUGUAAGUGUUCCAUGCAGCAGCCUAUUUGAUAUUGUGACUGUUCGUUGUGGGCACUGCACAAAUCUGUGGUCCGUCAAUAUGGCAGCUGCAUUUCAGUCCUCUUCUACCUCCUCCUGGCAAAAUCAUCAGGCUCAGGUUCCAAACCACACUGCUCCGGAGUACAGGAUGGAUUUUGGUUCAUCAACCAAAUGCACCAUGAACCGGAUGACAAUGAGAACCCCUAUCACAAGCAACAUUCAUCACGAGGAGAGGAUUGUCAAUCGACCUCCCGAGAAGAGGCAGCGAGUACCUUCUGCAUAUAAUCAGUUCAUAAAAGAAGAGAUUCAGAGGAUCAAGGCUAAUAAUCCAGAUAUCAGUCACAGGGAGGCAUUUAGUACUGCUGCCAAAAAUAUGGGUAAUGACAGAUCAAUUACUUUAUUUUGGUGUAGUGGGCACACUUCCCUCACAUUCACUUUGGACUCAUGUUGGAGAGCAACAAUCAAGCCAAACUUGCUUGUGGGAGCAGAAAACUAUAAGCUGCUUUGCUAGACAAAUAAAAGAUCUUCAUUUUAUGAAGCUGUGUGUUGAAUUGAUGAUAAGAGUGUGACAUCAAGGUGUUCUAUGGAGUGUGGACAUAAACUACAUAUUAUAAUUAGGCCUUUCUAAUCAAUUCGUUGUAUUUCAACUUAUAUAUUGUUGAAAAAACUAAGUUUCCCUAAUUAUUGUCUACUCUUAUUAAUUGUCUUUCUCUAUUGAAAGAAAAUUUUAGAGAGAUUUCUCAUA